GGGUCGGAGACAGUGCAAAGGGGGAUUGCAAGUCGACACCAUGUUCUCCUGCGGGAAAGAGGUUCUGCUGAUCAUCGGCGUCGCUCAGUGCCUCGCCUCUUCCUUGGCUCAUUCUGACAACACGAAUAGUUGCGCUGGGCUCCAGGUUCAGCUGCAGGCCCUGGAGAAUCGGCUCACCAUGCUGGAAGAUCACGAACAUCAGGAGGAUCAUGACCACCACGCUGCACUAUUCGCUGCCUCCUACUCGGCUGGUGAUAGUAUCAACACGAUAGGCGACCACUUCAUGUUUGACCAGGUUACUCUGAACCGAGAGGAAGGCUACAACAGCACCACUGGAAUCUUCACCUGCCCCAUCGAAGGCGUCUACUUCUUCGUCUACUCCUCGUUCCCAGAAAAGGGGAUAGAGACCUCCGUCACCCUCAUGAAGAACAACGUUGAGGUCAGCUCCAUCGACAGCGUCCUGCCGGAGGGCAGCACUCAGUUUUCUGAGGGCUCCGACCUGAUUCUCCUGGCGAAGGGGGACCAAGUGUGGGUGCAGCUCAAAACAGGGGCCGUGCUGAGGCAGGGAACUUCCCUGAAAUUCUACGGAUACCGGGUCUCUGAUUAAUCCCUCCCCUCCCCGAGGCUUAGCCCCCCCGCACACCCCUGCCCCUUUCC